ACCACCUACCAUUUCCCGCGUUGCUCCUAACGUUUUCGCGAUCACGUUGUCGCGUGUGGUCGAGAAACCUUCAAAAUCAGAGCAUCAUCGUCAAGCAAACCCAAAAAGGGCAUAAUUGAUGCUCUCCCCGCGCCCGUCACCCGUCUCGCGCCUUCGGAUAGCGUGUUCUGGCUCUUCCGAUCGCUGGCUCCCGCACCGCAUUCCCGGUCCCGCCACAGUCGGUCGGUUCGGACGUCGAAAUGUGACCACUCUCUCGCUUUCGCCCCGUUCUGGCGGGCUUCGGAGGUCUGGGGACCCCGCAACUCGACUCCAGCUGCGACAUCUUGAGAUCCGGCAUGUCCAGGUUCGCGGCAAGAAAACCAGGACGGUCGUCAAGCUCGAUGAGCUGCCGCAGGGCGUUGUCGUACCAUCCGAGCCCCUGCCGCCGCCUGUGGAGGAGGAACCUGCGUACCCAACCGUGGUGCUCCAAGCCCGCCGCAACAUGCAACAGUUUGACAACUGUGUGCUGCUCACCCGAGUUGGCGGCUUUUACGAGCUGUACUUUGAGCAGGCCGACGAGUACGGCCCGCUCCUGAAUCUUAAGGUAGCGCAAAAGAAGACAAGUGUCGGUCCGGUCUCAAUGGCCGGCUUUCCCUUCUUCCAGCUGGACCGGUUCCUCAAGAUCCUAGUCCAGGACCUCAACCGCCAUGUAGCCAUCGCUGAGGAGUUCCCAAACGACCCCUCGGAGAAGGUCAAGUCUGGUGGGUUGAUGCAUAAUCGCAGAGUAACCCGUAUUGUCACCCCAGGCACCCUCAUCGACGAGAACUUCAUGGAUCCGUAUGCAAACAACUACGUCAUGGCCAUUCAUCUGCCAGAGCCGGCAGGGCCGGAUGAUGUGCCAGUGGGCUGUCAGGAGGUCCAAAGAACCAUACCGACCCCGGAUUCCGCGAAUGAUGCCUCGCCCCGCGUAGGCCUAGCAUGGCUUGAUCUGUCGACCGGUUAUUUCUUCACCCAGCCAUCCAGUCUAGCGUCGCUCGGCUCCGCGCUGUCUCGCGUAUCGCCCCGCGAGAUAGUCCUCGACAAGGCACUAGAGUCUGAUCAUAACCAUGCUCUCCUGUCCAUCCUCCAGGAGGAAAGGUACCUCGUGACCUACUCCCCCCUCGGUGAGCUGCGGCAGCUCUCUGAUUGGGCGCCCAUGCUAGAGUCAGAGGUGCCAGCCCAGGCCGCUAGCGAGUUCACGAAGAGUGAGAUUCAAGCUGGGAGUCUCCUGCUCCACUAUGUCAAGGACCGCCUGCAAGGGCUGAGCAUGAAGCUACAGCCACCCGUUCGCCAAGACAGCAUGCAGAUUAUGAAUAUUGACAGGCAUAGCAUGCGCUCCUUGGAAAUCAAGCAGACCAUCAGGGACGGCGCGUUCAGGGGAAGCUUGCUGCAUGCCAUUAGACGAACCGUGACCAAGAGUGGUGCUAGACUACUCAACGAGUGGCUCAGCUCCCCAUCAACUUCACUAGAAGUCAUCAACUUCAGGCAGGACUUGGUCUCCCGGUUCAUCCAGAAUGUGGAUCUUCGAGAUGCCAUCGUCGUCCUCUUACGCAGGAGCCAUGACUCGCAGCGUCUCGUACAGAAGUUCGCACUUAAUCGAGGUGACCCAGACGACCUUCUCCGGCUGGCCAAUACCAUAAAGGCCACAGAGGACAUGGUCAACCUCCUGGCCACGUCUAUCGCGUCCCACGGAGACGACGGUUCGGAAAGGGACUGUCUAUCGACGAUGAUCGACCGCAUCAGCCUUGACCAACCACUCAAGCUCGCUCAGCACAUCCGCGAUGCCAUCGACGAAGAAGGCCUCGUGCAACAGCACCAAAUCGAGGAUAGCGAAGCUGGCGAGAUCUUGGCGCUUGCCCAGGAAAUAGUUAAGAGUGAAGGAACGGAAGAGGACGGCACGGUCCUUCCUAAGGGGCCGGCGUCUAAGACGGCAAAGAGGAAAACACCUUCCAUCCGGGAGCACUACGGCGAAGACAGCGAAGUCUGGAUCAUGAAACCGGGCGCCUCCGCUCUGCUCUCGCGCCUGCACUCGCAGCUCGCCAGCCUCCGGGAAGAGAAAGACCGGCUCACCGAGACGCUCCGCGCCCGCCUCAACGCAGCAUCCCUCACCCUCCGCUGGACGCCCGGGCUAGGCCACAUCUGCCACGUCAAGGGCAAAGACGCGCGAGAACCGCCUACCGACUCGAGCGACGACGGCUCCUCCCAGAACCCAAUCCGCACGCUUUCCUCGAGCCGCACCACCCGCUCCUUCCACCAGCCCGAAUGGACCGCGCUCGGCGAGGCGCUCGACAAAGUCCGCUUCCAGAUCCGCGCCGAGGAGCAACGCGUGUUCGCCUCGCUCCGCGCGCGCGUAGUCCACAACCUCGUCAAGCUCCGGCGCAAUGCCCUGGUGCUCGACGAGCUCGACAUCGCAACUUCCUUCGCCCGCCUGGCAACCGAGCAGAGGCUCGUCCGGCCUACGCUGACCAACACGCAACAAACUGUCAUCAUCGGCGGCCGGCAUCCCACAGUCGAGGGCGGCCUCGCCGAGCAGGGGCGCACUUUCCAGCGGAACGACUGUCUGAUCGGUGGCAGCAGCAGCAGCAGCACAGCUUCGACCACCACCGAAAGACGAGGACAGCAGCAGUUGCAAAAGAAGAAGAAUAAGCAGGGCGGAGGAGGAGGAGGAGGAACCGGAAGGAUAUGGCUGAUCACGGGUCCCAACAUGGCGGGGAAAUCGACCUUCCUGCGGCAGAACGCGCUCAUCACCAUCCUCGCGCAGAUCGGGUGCUACGUGCCGGCCGACUACGCGUCGCUGGGCAUCGUCGACGCCAUCUUCAGCCGGGUCGGGUCGGCCGACAACCUGUACCAGGACCAGAGUACCUUCAUGGUGGAGAUGCUCGAGACGGCGGCCAUUCUGCGGCAGGCGACGCCGCGCUCCUUCGUCAUUAUGGACGAGGUCGGGCGGGGCACGACGCCCGAGGACGGAACGGCCGUGGCAUUCGCCGCGCUGCACCACUUGGUCACCGUCAACAGAUGUCGGGCAUUAUUCGCGACGCAUUUCCACGGCAUCGCGGACCUGGCGACGGCUCACGGGCUGAGAGUGGAGGAUGGGGGACCCGACGGCGCCGUCGACAUGUACUGCACGGAUGUGGAGGAGGACGAGCAGGGUGGGUUUGUCUACGUUCACAAGCUGCGAAAGGGGGUCAACCGGCAAAGCCACGCGUUGAAGGUGGCGCGCUUGGCUGGCCUGCCGGAGCAGGCGAUACGGGUCGCUCAACAGGUGUUGCACGAUUCAGGGGUCGACAUCUCAUCAUACGGGGCAACAACGCCCGGUAAGACAUCAGCCUCAGCGGCUGUUGUAGGAUAAGGAGAACGGAAGAGCGCGAUAUUCUGCAAACUUGUUGUCAGCCUUAAUGUACCCCAUGUGCUGUAUGCAACAUAUGAAGACUGAAAACAUAGGAAGAUCGUGUCUCAUAGGGUGGUGAUGGGUUUGUCAUCAAAGGUGUUCAGGGUUAAAAAGCUCUUUGAUUCAUCGUUCAUAAUCAUCGACACGGAGUGGGAGUAGU